CGGGAUCAUCCUCUGUUUCGAGCCCGCGUCUUGUUUCCUGCCCUCGUCGACCACCUCCGAGCCAGCAUCCCGGGCGCCCGCGUACGCCGCAAUAUAGAAGGCCGAAACCCCCAUUGCACAAGGACAAGGCCAUCCGCCUGCAACCCACCGCACCAACUCCACGACGCCUUGGACCCGCAUUCAGCAUUCCACAGACGCAGACACCGCCCUCUGUUUGCGACGCAGCUUCACCUCGCCCACCCUCUUCUAUCCUGUCACGCGUAGCAAACAUAAUGCAUAUAUGAGAUAGAGUGAAUAGACCGACCGACCGACGUACGACCAACCGCCCUACCUACUACCUAAUUAGUCCAUCACUCCUCUUGAACAUCCGCACACAUGGCCAUGCUCGCCGCAAAGUCUCCGUAUCCCGCGCCCUCCAUGAGUGGGAGUGCCUCGCAGUCGUCCGCCCAAUACAACGGCGGUCUCUCCGGCUACCGCAGCCAUGCCUCAAAUACACGAGCCGAGCAGUCCAUGUUUGCUUCUCCCACCGAGUCAGAAUUCUCGGAGAUAUACGACGCUCCCGACGCCAUCAGACAUUGGGACGAGGACAAGGUUGGUGACUGGUUAAAGCGCAUCAACUGCGCUCAGUAUGUCGACCUCUUCAAGCACAACCACAUCAACGGCGAGAACCUGAUGGAGAUGGACCAGACCCACCUCAAGGACAUGGGCAUCAAGAAGGUCGGCGACCGCGUCCGCAUCGGCUCGCAAGCAAAGCAGCUGCGCAACAAGGAGUACAAGAAAGCCUCAAGACGCACAUCAAAUAGGCAAUCGCUAGCCACGCUCGACAACGCAGCAUACACUCCGCCAUCCUCCGGCUCUCCUCGCCCGCUCUACUCUGCACGAUCGAAUCCUCCCGUUUCCAACUCGAAUCCCGUCAGCUCGCGAACCGAGAAGCGCAUGUCGAGACAAAUCAUGAACUCCGACUUGAGCAGCUUCGCAUACGGUGCCAAACCUCCCUCGCGCCCCGCAUCUCCCCUCGUCGACCAAGAAACCCGGAACCUUCGGUCACAACGGCAGGGAGGAUUGAACAGCCCCAAGGAGCUUGGCAACAAGACAUACGGCGCGCAUCCUCUCAGUGCCUCCAGCAGCUCCGUCAACAUCGCUUCCCAGUUCUCGCGCAACCAACGCACUACACCAACCGAAACACCGCAGACAGCCCGCUUCGCCCACCACGUUCGUGCGAGUCCUAGCGUAGACAGUGCCACCAACAGCGCCAUCUUGCCACACGACAAGGCUCUAGUUCGUGUCAUCUACGAUGGCGGGCGCACCUCAGUUGUGAACAUCGAAGGCUGCAAGACUGCCGAGGAGGUCAUGCUGAAGACUCUGACCAAGGGCCACCUCAACACAGCCCAUGUCAAGAACUACUGCUUCUACAUUCUCAACAGCCCAGAGCCAGACCCUUCGCUAUCUGAACGCUUGAGUGACAUCGAGCUCUUCAGACUCGUCAAGGAUGCCAACAGGCACGAAAGAGGCCGCUUAAUACUUCGCAAGGUCCACGCUGGUGAGCCCGAUGAGGACCAACUGAAGGCCGCCGCAGGCAUCUACGCACAACAGAACUUCCAGCAAGGUUCUAACGUCUACGUGCCGUCUAGCAAUCGCAGCCAGAUCAAGAUUGAGAAGCUGACGGGCGAGUCCCUUGCUGCUGUCAGCUACCCUCUGUCACCAACCUCCGCAAGAGAACGAGAACGCCACAUCAACUCAACAGCCCAGAAUCUGGAAGGACCCUCUGAUCCAAACAGGUCACCCAUCUUCCAAGCUCGUGCCCGGAAACUCAAGCAGUUCUACGGUGCUCGACCUCCCAGCGAACUCAUUACCUCUGACCUAACUUCUUACUUCCCUGACGUUGGGAAAGAUGAGAUUGACAAGACCGUCCGCAUGUCAAUACGUCGUUCCCACCGCCUCAGCCGCGCGGCCUCACGUCUAUCGAUGGCAUCAAACUUCAGCGUUGCUUCCAGCUUGAAAGAUGCGCCGCCAUUACCAUCCAUCGCUGACACUUGGCUCCAAGGAGGUGCCCAAGCCCGGCCACUCCGCCCGCUAUCCGUCAUGCGACUGGGUCUACCUAACCAAUCUGGGUACCGUGACUCUAUGGCAUCUUCGGUUUUGGAACCCCUCGACGAGGAAUCACCUCUCGAGCCAAACCGAAAGUCGUACGUGUCGUUUGGAGGUGAAUCGGAUACUCUUGCCAUCACGGAUCCAGAGGGUAACACCACUCUACAAUCCUACUUCGACGAUGGCGGCAGCAGCCUUGCGGGUAGCAGUAGCAGCAAUACCGAAAACGGCGAUUCACUCAACAAACGCCUUUCCGAAGCCAUUGCCGAGGAUGGCGAGGAGUCAGACGACGAACUGGCUGAGUACCUGGAACAGGACUCUUGGGAUAACGUCAAGUACAUGAAGGGAGCUCUCAUCGGUCAAGGUUCUUUCGGCAGCGUUUACCUUGCCCUACAUGCCGUUACCGGUGAGCUCAUGGCCGUCAAGCAGGUCGAGCUUCCUUCCGUAGCAGGCGCCUCCCAGAUGGACAGCAGGAAGACUAACAUGGUCGAAGCCCUGAAACACGAGAUCGGCCUGCUCCGGGAACUGAAGCACAAGAACAUCGUGCAGUACCUCGGCUCCAACUCUGAUGAGAGCCAUCUUAACAUUUUCCUCGAAUACGUCCCGGGUGGUUCCGUGGCGACCAUGCUGGUGAACUACGGCCCCCUUGGCGAAUCCCUUAUCCAGAACUUCGUACGCCAGAUUCUGACCGGUCUUUCGUACCUUCACUCGCGGGACAUCAUUCACCGUGAUAUCAAGGGUGCAAACAUCCUCGUCGACAACAAGGGCUCAGUCAAGAUUUCCGAUUUCGGUAUCUCCAAGCGCAUUGAAGCCUCUACACUAGGCGGCGGCAAGAAGGGAGCUCAGCGUGUCUCGCUCCAAGGCUCAGUCUUCUGGAUGGCACCAGAAGUAGUUCGACAGACAGCCUAUACCCGCAAAGCCGAUAUCUGGUCGCUCGGCUGCCUGGUCGUCGAGAUGUUUACUGGAAGCCACCCGCAUCCCAACUGCACUCAACUGCAAGCUAUCUUCAAGAUCGGUGGCAGUGGCGAUGCCAGCCCUACCAUUCCCGACAACGCUGGCGACGACGCCCGAACCUUCCUGGCGCAGACCUUCCUCAUCGAUCAUGAGAAGCGUCCCAGUGCUGACGAGCUUCUCGCCAGCCAUUUCAUAACUAAUCAGGGUGCAUAAAUUUUUCACAUACGGCGCACAACAUAUUUCUAGCAUGGAACGGAGAAGCAUCAUUGGGAAUUUCGUGGUAUAUCCUGAUCAUCUAGUGGUCCCCAAGGUGUUCUGUUCUCUGGGAGUUUUUUUCCCUUUCUAACGCCCCUAACGCUUACAUGCGCGAAUGAUUCUGUACUAUACCACUUUUCGAUACGCUUUUCUAGUAGAAGGAAAGGGAGGUGCUACGCAGCAUGUGCAUACGCUGCCAAACUUUUAAUGGGUGCUUUGGACGGGGUGCAGACAGUUUGUACUAUAGCUGUCUAUUAGAUCUAUCUUAGCCCCUUCGCAACCACUAUUUUCACAUACAUAUUCAAACAAUUCUCUAGUCGAUU